AUCAGAGUUAUCCUACUAUGCCCGCUCCGACUAUGAAGCCGGAAGUACUGUAUCGUAGACGUGCAAGUUUAAUGGGACCGGCGACAGCUGACACGGCUGUGUGAUUGUGCACUGCACCCUAUCAAAACUGGAUGACUUGAGUCUUUGAAACGUAGUACAAGGUAACAAGUACCGUACUUAUGGUGAAACGGUAACGCGUACAGUACAGUGCCAAUUAAUUGAAAAGAAUCGUGCAUGCAAUACAUUUUGUUAAAAGUUAAAACUGCUGAUUUUAAUUUAUUUUGCAGAUAUUUGAUGCGAUUUCGAAUUUCGGAUAAAUCCUCGCGUUUUCCUUUGCUUUCUUUCCAUCGUGUGGUCAAAUUUUAGACUUGAUGGAUUUUUGUGGGCAGCGAGCUUGUUUAAAAUUCGGUUUGGAUGUCGUGAUUGCCUCCAAGAUCUUUAUGCAGUAUUCUCGUAUUGUGACAAAGUAUUAAAAAAAAUUUAAUAUGUUCCGAGGCUCGAGCGAUUGCUCCUAUACCCCUGAAUAAAGAUUCUCCCCUUUUUCAAUUGGAAACCUCCGUUCACUAAAACGGACUGCUUGCAAUUGCUCUUUCAAGUUUCCUUCGCGAUGGUCAGCCUGAUAUGACGCAAGUAUUACGGAGAAUUGUUUCGCAGAAUAGACGGCGGCUCGUUUGCGAUGGUUUCGAUUUGGAUUUGACAUAUAUUCUGCCAAACCUUAUUGCGAUGGGAUUUCCAGCGGAGAAUUACGAACGAAUUUACAGAAACAACAUCAACGAUGUAGUGAGAUUUUUCGAGAUGAAACACCCAGGCCACUACCGCAUUUACAAUCUGUGUUCCGAGCGCAGUUACGAUCCAUCGCGAUUUCGUCACAAUGUUGUUGUUUAUCCGUUUGAAGAUCACCAGAUACCCUGUAUUGAUUUGAUUAAGUCUUGUUGUGAGGACAUCCAUAAUUGGCUGCUUCUCGAUCCGGAUAACAUUGCCGCUGUACAUUGUAAGGCUGGAAAAGGCCGCACUGGAUUGAUUAUCUGCUGCUAUUUGCUCCAUUCGCAGUUCGUGCGUACACCCGAGGAGGCGUUGGCGUUUUACGGUGAAACUCGAACUGUCGAUUCGCACGGCGUUACGAUUCCUAGUCAACGGCGGUACAUACGCUACUAUUAUCGACUGCUCCAGUCGGGUCUCAAUUAUCGUGAUCUUGCACUCCAGUUAGACCGUUCGGAUAUCCUGAACACACCUUCCACGGAUGAUCACCCGUGUAGUGGUCUAAUAUUUUCGGUGAUUCAACUGAAACGCGAGAUAUGGUCUUCCGAAGUACUUCCUCUAAGGCCGUCCAGUCGGUACAGUCGGGCGGACAACUGUACGGUCGAACUCAGGCCAUCCUUGACCAUUGCCGGUGAUAUUUUGGUGGAAUGCCACGGUGUUUACGCACCGUUCAUGCUGGCGUUUGGACCUUUAUUUCCCAGAAGGGAAAAAAUCUUCCAGUUCUGGUUUAACACGUUUUUUGUGGGAGACGAAGCCGAAGAGACCAGGACGAGCGAUAAUCCUGAUCAAGUGGCUUUGUCGAUAUCUAGAGAUCACAUGGAUAUGCUGACAAAAGACAAGCAUUUUCGCAACUUUCCUCCAAAUUUUAAGGUUUUACUGUGGUUCACACAACCUAAUGGAUCACAUGAGCCAUUUCCUCAUAUCCAUGAGUGACUGUUUUGCAAUUCCAAUUUGUGGAAUUUUGAUUUUAUAGAAACAGAAAAAUCGGAAAUGUUCAUGAAGUGUUCUCUUGUUCCUUUUUGUACCAGUCCAAUUGUUCUCCGUUGAGUAUUUCGCACACUUUAAAAUUCACAUUUUGCGAGAUCUACUUAAUUUGGGUUUUGUUUACGAGCAACUUGGCAAGGCCUACCAAACCUACCAUUAAACUGAACACAAUAAUUGUUUUGCUUCUUAAUUUUCUUGGCCGGUUUUCUUGGUGGCCAGGUAGGCACCACCUGAGAGCCCUUUGAAAACGUGAUAUCGGAAAAC